AUGUUGAUGGCUGGCACUGCGUGUUAUCGAGACGUGCUGGAUCGUCUCUCGCAGCGACUUGCUUUCCUACUGGAGGAGGUGGACAAAUACCACCGACAACAUUAUCGUCAUGGCGAAGGAGAUGCGGCAUGCGACGAUACAAAUUUUGGGGAGGCGGUACGUGUGGCGGGAGAUGACGCGCAGGAUUUUUCGCACCCAACCCCUCUUCUAUCCUGGCCUUCGCUGCGGAUUAGGCACCGCGUUGACGCAUUACGUGCGUGGCUGAGCGGGAGGAGGGAGUUGCGGGAAAAGAUGCAGCGUGUGGACGCCUCUAUGCAGCGGCUGUUGAAGGAACAUCUCAUUGACCUGGGUCGUGUCACCGCAUCUCACCCGCGCCGCGAUCGAUACGGUGACUACGGGCAGUUUGUUUCCCCCACUUUGGCCGACAGGGCCCAGCAGGACAGCGGCGAGAGCGGCGGGGCGGCGGAGCAGGAGGCGACGAUUCGCCGGGUAGUCUGGCUGCACCAACAACUUCUCCGCCACAAGGACGAGUUCCGCGAGCUGCGGGAGCGGGCUUCGAAUACAUACGAGCACCUGCACCCGCAGUUUGAUAAGAUUGCGAGCGUGUGUGGCAGAAUUUUUCAUGCAACAGCGCAGAACAACGGUGGCAGCAGCGAAAAAACAAAAGGGAACAAUAGUGACGACAGCGGUGCGGGAGACGUCGAUGAUCCCGUGGAACUGCAUGCACUCUGUAGGCGCAAUGAGGAGCGUGCACGGCGCCUGCAAUCCCGUCUGCAGCGUACACUGAGCGUCUACCGGCAGAUUGUUGCCCGCACCAACCUUGAGCUUUGCCGCGUGGAGCUUGAGGUGCAGGCGAUGGAACGGCAAUCACCCCACGCAGAAGAGUUAACGUUUUUACAUGCAUAG